AUGACGCCCCACCGCUGUUCUUCCACCGACUCUAAGAGUACCAAUGACGACGAUCUCGACGACCUAUUCGAGGACGAGACUACCUGGGGCCUCAACUUACCGCCUAUCGUGAGUCCAUCUGCGCUUGCCCCCAUCAGCACUUCUGACCCAGAUUCGCAGCCUACGUCUUCACCUAUCUCCUCUCCCGACGACACCCAUGUCGCUGUUCCUCAGAAGCGCAAACGCGAUUCUGCUACCACCGACGACGACGCCUCCGACGACUCUGACGACUCCCCGUUAUCCAAGAAGGUCAGAAGCGCCGAUGAAGAGACGGAGAAGAAGAACGAGGGCAAAGACAACGAAGCCACUCGACGAUACCGCACCGCCGCCACCGCCGCGUCAUUGAAGCCAUCUACCAACAAUGCGAACAAAUUCCUCGAUAGCAUGAGGAAGCAGCGGUCCAUCCCCACACCACGCUACGUCCCAACCGGCGCCGAGCGCCGCGACGAAGUCAACCAGCUCGCAGCCAAGCACGUCCGACAUGUCGCCCCCGCCAUGCUCGCCAACAACGCGACGAACCGCGACGUCGGCGGUGCAAUGAACAAGUUCGACUGGGCCGAGAAAAACCGGGAGAUCAAGCCAGACCAAAUCAAGGCGCGUCCAUCCACAUCCAUGUUUCAGAAAUGGGUUGAUGAAGAGGAUGAGCAUGUGACUUGGCUUGUCAUUCCGGCUUCACGCAAGUUUAUCAAUAUGGAGGGGAGUAUGGUGCCGAUUGUGGACAUCGUGAAUAGGUCUAUUAAGUAUCCGGAGUGGACGUUUGUGGAGGAGGUUUUGGGGCCGCACUGGAAGACUGGGAAGGAGGUGGUUAAGGCGGUCAAGGUUAAGUUUGAGAGGUUGACGGGGGAGCAACAAAUUGAGCGGAUUGAUGUUAUGGUUAAGCAGAAGAAGGAGGAGGAUAGGCAGGCGAGGAAGGAUGAGGCUGCGCGGAGACGGAAUGAGAAGCGAGAGGAGCGGGCUAGAGCGAGGGCUGAGAGGGAUAUGUAG